GUGAGCUGGUCCGGGCCGGGUGGGGAGGGUGGCAGUUAGGCGAGGAAUGUCAUGAGCGUCUCUGUUUCCAACGGUGAACUAGCUGUCUGCGGCACGGGCUACUCGGCACGGAGCUCCGCCUGUAGCUGUGUCAGCGUGUAUGAUGCCAUCUCGUACUAACCUGGCUACUGGAAUACCCAGUAGUAAAGUAAAAUACUCAAGACUCUCCAGCACGGAUGAUGGCUACAUUGACCUUCAGUCAAAGCCAGUUCAUCUUUUAAGGGAGAAACUAACUGCUAAAGCCAACACAUUGUGGAAUUCUUCCUUUUUUCCUGAUGUCAUGAGAUCCAAUUUAUUAAAGUUUAAGAAGAGCCCUCCUAAGAUCCCGUAUAAGGCCAUUGCGCUUGCUACAGUGCUGUUUUUGAUUGGCACCUUUCUCAUUAUCAUAGGCUCCCUCCUGCUGGCAGGCUAUAUCAGCAAAGGGGGGGCAGACCGGGCCGUUCCUGUCCUAAUCAUUGGCAUCCUAGUGUUCCUGCCAGGAUUCUACCACCUGCGCAUCGCCUACUAUGCAUCCAAAGGCUACCGGGGUUACUCCUACGAUGACAUUCCAGACUUUGAUGACUAAGCUCAGCUUUGAGAUAUUGAGCAGUUUGGCUAAACUAUGGCUAAAAGCUGAGGAAUUCUGCAGUUUGCAGAUGUUUAACAAUAGUCAGGUUUAAUGGGUCCAUCCUCAAGACUUAACGGAGCUUACAGUUAGCUAAUUAGGGCAUGCUCUAUUUUUCAUCUCCUGGCCCCGACAAAAAGCCAACAAGCUUUUCUGCAGGAACAUGCCUGUAUCAUGGAAGAAUAGCAAUGUUAAUUGUAUGGAAAAAUGGGAGGUUAUUCUGUAGUAGAAAGUGCUGCUGCUACCACCCUUUUUGGAGUUGAACAUUUCUUUUGAAUAGUCUGUAUUGUCAAUUUGUUCUUGUGGCAAAUGGAAGAAUGCAAUAUGUGAAAUUUACUACUAAGUAGUUUAUUUUGAAAACAAGUAUCUUAUCCCCUAUGCUCUAACUUCAUGUUCUAGUGGAAGACCUUGGCAAAAUCAAAUAUUAGCGUGGAUGCAUCUGUAAUAUUAAGAACAAUCAGGAAUUUUUUUAAACCUCAGAGCAAGUUUUCAAAAUAUAAACACUUUCUCUGUUCACCACUCCUUGGCCAGCUCUGGUCUGAUUCACCGAUAAGUUGGGCACUGUAUAAUUUGGGUAAUUCUGUCCCUUAAAUAUUAAGAUGCUCUGUAUAUCUUGCCUUUAAGGACUGGACCUACGGCUGUUUUCUAAGGAAAAAUGUAGAUAAGUGGUUGUUCAGAGUUUUUAACCACAUUGUUAGCACCUUGUGUUACGAUGUCAUUCUGCUGAAAGUCACAAGAUUUGGUCUGUAUCCUUAGGAGACUACAUUGCCUUAGUUUGAUUCUGUUUCCUAGCUUGCAAAAAGUGACAUGUUAAAAAAAAAAUUAAAAUGUCAAAAUCUAAAUCCUACACUUAAAUGAGUUAACUUUAAACAUAUUUCAGGAAAGAUUUUAAUGAUUAUAUGGUAUCAUAGAUGCCAAUAGCCAGGACAACUUUCAUUUUUAGGUAACUGGCAUUGCAGUUCAGAGUGCUUUCAGUCAAGCUUUUACCCUGAGGUUGUGGAUUGAUCAACUAGAGGCCUGGAAAUGCUAUUAGCUCUGAUUUAGAGGGUCGUGGGUAGAGCAAGUUAACGGGGGAAAAUGUGUUCAGCUUUGGGUGUGUUAAGUUUUAGAUGUUUGUUCUACAUCUAAGUGGAGCUGUUGGCUAGGCAAUUGCAAUGUGCAAGUUUGGAGCUCAGGAAGGGAGUCUAGGGACAGGUAGAAAGUUGAGUCAGUGUUGUGACAGUAUCUAAGCACAAUGAGCCUGGAUGAGAGCUCCCAUGGAGUGAAUGCGCAUGGGAAAAAAACACUAGGACUCAGAAAAUGAGGGACAAAGACGGUGGGUGACCUGAAGCAGCCUCCGAGGUUAGGUACAUUUGUUAAUGAGAGGAUAGGCUGGGGAGUCAGUAGUCUAAUUAAAGUCCAAGGGCCUUGGCAGUGAAGAUGUAAGGAAAUAUAUAAAGCUUUAUUCCAGCCUGUGUUUGCAAAGAAAAGCUCAGGCAAGGUUUUGGUCAAACCAGAUUACUUGGUCCUUUUUUUCCUUUUUUAAAAAGACUUUAUUUUUAGAGAGAGGGGAAAGGAGGGAGAAAGAGGGAGAGAAACAUCAAUGUGUGGUUUCCUCUUAUGUGCUCCCAACUGGGGACCCAGCCUGCAACCCAAACAUGUGCCCUGACCGGGAAUCGAACCCUUGGUUCACAGGCUGGCGUUCAAUUCAUUGAGCCACACCAGCCAAGGCUACUUGGUCCUUUUUAUAAGGGUAAUCUUGCUAGUGGUAAAGGGGUGGCAGGAUGGAACAGAGGGCUAUAAAAUGAAAAGUAAGCAUUUGGCUGAGUAAACAUUUGCCCCCCCCAGCCCAUUCCCCAAGGUUCUCUAAUUAAGUUUCUUGUAUACCCUCCCCACCCUUCCUGAAAUAUUCUGUGUGUGUGUCUCCUUAAAAAAAAACAAACUUGGGCUCUCAUUGUAUAGUUCUAUAAUUUUGGUUUUUUCCCUGUUCUGUUUUGUAUAUCUUUCCAUCUCCACAGAUCAGCCACAUUUUCUAAAAUAAGUUAUAGGUACAGUUUUUCAUGCUGUGCAUGUAGUGACGGGGUCCUAAGAGCAGAGACCAUAAAUGUGAGACGCCUAGAGCAGGAAUCCUCUCUUGGAUGUCCCCUGACAAACGGCCCUUGCUGUUCUAUUUGAAUAU